UAAAGCUAGGUUUGCCAAACCAGAAACCCAAACCCACCUUUAGAGAAAAGAAAAACACUUUUCUUCCUUUUUUUUCUUCUCUUUCUUUCUCUCACUCUUCUCUAAGCUUAAAAAAUGGCGGCACCUUCUAGAAAAUCAAGAACCACUGUACUUCGUUCCCUUUCACCUUCACCAAGAUUCUCCAAUUCAGAACCAUCACCUACUCACUAUUCAUCCACAGCUUUCGCAUCUUCAUCCUCAAGCUUCGCCUCCCGAACCACAACCUUCUUCCGAGGCUCCACCUCUCCGACACGUGUCAGUCUAUAUAAUUCUUCACCGUCUGUAUCGUCUUCAUCGGUUCGGUUUUCGCUAGACCGUUCAAUUUCUCCGAACCGGUCUAUCUCGGCCGUACCUCGAACCGGCGGGAAGAAACAGAGUAGUAGCCAACCGAAGCGGACUUGCAUGUGUUCGCCUACGACGCAUCCCGGUUCGUUCCGGUGUAGUCUUCACAAAGGCUUCGGCUCACGCGCCGUCACCACACCGUAUUCGCAGAAUCGGUUAAACGCGCGUAGAUCAGCCAUGACGAAUUCGUUAGUGAGGAUUCGCGGCGUUGAGGGAGAUCUCGUGAAGAGAGCGCUUGCAGCGUUGAUUCGUCCUUCGUCGCAUCAGCAGAAAAGGAGAGGAGAUUUUCAUCCAAGACCGAGUAGGUUAUCUGUUAUGACUAAAGCUGAAGAAUCAUGAAGUCUCCGAUCAACAGUUAGGUUUCCGGCCACCGCUGACGGUAGCGCCAGAUCUCGCGGAAUUUGAUUCAGAUGAUUAGAUCUAACGGCUGUGCAAGCGAUUCAGAAAAUCAACGGAGGAGAAGUGAUUAUGUGCUUUUUAUCUCCUUGUUUGUGUACAUAUAGAACAUAUAUCUCUAUGAAUGGCAGCCAUUGAUGUC